UUAAUGAUUAACAUUCUCUUCGAAUGUCUGUCUUCUUUUGCGCGCUCCACACUACUUCCUCUACAACGGACGCUCAUAGCUAAAAGCAAAUGUUGUUGUUGCUAUUAAAUUCGAACACAAAUAAAAAUUACCGUUGACGAAAUACUACUAAUCCCUUUUUGUCGUCGAAGUCAUGCGUCCAAUAUUAAUGGUGAUUAUUCAAGGAUUUAAGUCAUACCGUGAACAGACAGUAGUAGAACCUUUCGAUCCAAGGCACAAUGUAGUGGUGGGCCGGAAUGGUUCUGGCAAAAGUAACUUCUUUUAUGCAAUUCAAUUCGUUUUGAGCGAUGAAUUUUCUCAUCUCAGACCAGAACAAAGACAAGCUUUAUUACAUGAGGGUACAGGACCAAGAGUUAUUUCAGCACACGUGGAAAUUAUAUUUGACAAUUCUGAUGGAAGAUUGCCGAUUGACAAAGAGGAAGUAUAUUUGAGAAGAGUAAUUGGCUCAAAGAAGGACCAAUACUUCCUUAAUAAAAGAAUAGUAACUAGGAAUGACGUAAUGAAUUUAUUGGAGUCUGCAGGAUUUUCAAGAUCAAAUCCGUAUUAUAUUGUAAAGCAGGGAAAGAUAAAUCAAAUGGCAACAGCACCCGAUUCCCAGAGACUUAAGUUAUUAAGAGAAGUAGCUGGUACUAGAGUAUAUGAUGACAGAAGAGAAGAAUCAAAAUUUAUUUUAAAAGAAACAGAAGGAAAAUUGGAGAAGAUUCAAGAUUUUUUAAGAACGAUAGAGGAACGUUUAAAGACACUGGAAGAAGAAAAGGAGGAGCUUAAAGAAUACCAAUGCUGGGACAAACAACGUCGCUGUUUAGAAUAUACGAUUCACGAACGAGAACUGAAAGAGAAUAAAAGAAAGUUGGAAGAACUUAAGAAAUCUAGGGCAAAUAGCGGUGCAGAACAAGCGCGUUUAGGCGCAGAAGCAAAAACUGCACAGGAAAUGGUGAGAGCUGCAACAAAACGCCUCAAAGAAGCAAAGAAAGAAGUGCAAACUGCAAAAGAAGAAAGAGACACACUCAGUGCUGAACAGCAGCAGCUACUGAAAGAAAAAACUAAAUUGACAUUAACUAUUAAUGACUUAUUGGAAGAAGUAAAAGGAGACAAUGACAGCAGAAAACGUGCACAACAGGAAUUGGAAAAACUAAAAGUAAACAUUGCAGCACGAGAGGCGGAAUUAGAAGUACUUAAACCGGAAUAUGAAGAAAUGAAACGUGUGGAAGAGGAAUGCACACGCGAGUUACAACUAAAAGAACAGAAACGAAAAGAAUUGUAUGCCAAACAAGGACGUGGCAGCCAAUUCACUACCAGGGAUGAGAGAGAUAACUGGAUUCAAAACGAGCUGAAGCAACUUACCAAACAAAUUAAAGACAAAGAAGAACACCAAAGAAAAAUUAGCGAAGAUUUGAAAAAGGAUGCAGAGAAGCAAGUUAUUUUAGAGAAAAAGAUCGAAGAGCAUACACGCGAAAUGGAACAGCAACGAGCAUCUAUAGACGAACAUAACAAGCAAUAUUAUGAGUUAACUAAAGCGAAGGACCAAUGUCAAGCCACUCGAAAAGAACAGUAUCGACAAGAGAGCGUUUUACAACUUAACUUAUCAGGACUUAAAGAAGAUUUGGCAAAGGCGGAUCAAAGUUUGCGAUCUAUGGCAGGAAAACCUAUUCUAAACGGACGAGACAGUGUGCGAAAAGUGCUGGAUACCUUUCGAACACGUAAAGAUAUGGCCCACGAGGUGAGUAGCUAUUAUGGGCCUGUGAUUGAGAACUUCAGUUGCGAGAAGAAUUAUUAUAUGGCUGUAGAGGUGACUGCUGGGAAUCGGUUAUUCCAUCAUAUCGUCGAGACAGACAAAUUCGGGACAAAAAUCUUGAAAGAAAUGAAUAACCAACGACUUCCGGGUGAAGUAACGUUUAUGCCUUUGAAUCGACUACAUGUGAAAGAUAUAGACUAUCCAAUAACUAGCGAUGCUAUGCCUAUGAUAUCAAAAUUAGAGUAUGAUGAAAAAUAUGACAAAGCCUUGAGAUAUAUUUUUGGAAAAACGUUGAUCUGCCGCAACUUAGAAACUGCGACAAAUUUGGCCCGUACCUCGGGUCUGGAUUGCGUAACUCUAGAAGGCGACCAAGUGUCAUCAAAAGGAUCAUUAACGGGUGGAUACUUCAAUACGCUGAGGUCACGUUUGGAAAUACAGAAAACUAGAUCAGAGUUAAUGGCACAAAUUUCGUCCCUUGAAUCUCAAUUGACCACUCUUAAAGACGAGAUUAGAAAAGCAGAUCAAAACAUAAGUUCUUAUGUCAGUGAAAUGCAAAGAACUGAAACUAAAAACAGUAAAGCAAAAGACGUGUACGAUAAGAUGAAAGCAGAGAUACGACUCAUGAAAGAAGAAUUGAGUGCGAUAGGAAGAUACCGUACCCCAAAAGAAAGAAGUCUUGCUCAGUGCACGUCGAGUUUGGAAGCCAUGCGUGCAACGAAAGAAGGUUUGGAAAGCGAACUGCAUCAGGAACUGAUGGCACAACUGUCUGUUGCUGACCAGCGUCAGGUGGAUACAUUGAAUGAUGACAUAAGACGAUUAACGAAAGAUAAUAAGGAAGCAUUCGCAAAACGUAUGAGAUUAGAGGCUGAGAAAAAUAAAUUGGAGAACUUACUAACGAAUAAUUUGGUAAGAAGGAAAGACGAAUUAGUUCAGGCUCUUCAAGAAAUAUCGGUGGAAGAUCGACAACGACAACUGGAAUCAUCGAAAGCACAAUUAGCGGACAUCGAAAAGAGGCUAGUGAAAGUGAAUGCAGACUUUAAGGCUCAGAACGAACGAGUUACUAAUGCCAUAAAGAAGCAAAAAGCAGAGUCAGCAGAGGUUGAGAAGUGGAAAGUCAAGGAGAAAGAAGCACAAGAGAAAAUCGAAGCAGAUGCUAAAGACUUGGAAAAGUUAGCCAGCAAAUUGAAUAUCUUGGAACAAAAAAUAGUGGAAUGCACGCAGAAAAUCACAGAGCUCGGUGCAUUGCCUAGUCACGAAGUAUAUUCUAAGUUUAGUGUUAUGUCUACCAAACAGUUGUUCAAAGAAAUGGAAAAGGCGAACAAUCAUUUAAAGAAAUACAGUCAUGUAAAUAAAAAAGCAUUGGAUCAGUUUAUGUCGUUCAGCGAUCAGAAGGAGAAGUUAGUGAAGAGGAAAGAGGAAUUAGAUAGAGGCGAUGAAAAAAUUAAAGAAUUGAUGUCAGUGUUAGAACAACGUAAAUGUGAAGCUAUACAGUUUACCUUCAAACAAGUUAGCAAAUAUUUUAGCGAGGUUUUCAAGAAGCUUGUUCCAUCGGGUCACGCACAAUUAGUUAUGAAGACAGCUGAUGGCGAUGAAGGAGACGAUACAACAACUGAAUCAGCUGACUCUGAUAGGUUUAUUGGUGUUGGUAUACGAGUUUCUUUUACUGGCCACAGAGCUGAAAUGAGAGAAAUGAAUCAGUUGUCUGGUGGACAAAAAUCACUAGUAGCGUUGGCGUUGAUAUUUGCGAUACAAAAAUGUGAUCCGGCGCCGUUCUACUUGUUCGAUGAAAUUGACCAAGCCCUGGAUGCGCAGCAUAGGAAAGCUGUAGCAGAUAUGAUACACGAACUUAGUUCUGAUGCUCAAUUCAUCACAACAACAUUCAGACCUGAAUUAUUACAACAUGCCAACAAGUUUUAUGGUGUUAAAUUCAGAAAUAAAGUGUCUCAUGUUGUAUGCGUAACGCGAGAAGAAGCUGCCGAUUUUGUGGAAGACGACACGACACAUGGUUAAUGUAGAUUUUAGGCUAUUUAUAAACCAUCAUCAAUCUGAAAAUUGCUAUUUUUCAUGAAGUUGAUGAUUUCGAUACAUGUAAAUUACCUGAAUUAUUAUUUUUAUCGAACACUUUUACAAUAACUUUUUUAAAAUUGUACAUUUAUCAUAUUAAACAUCGAAACCAGCACAUUUUAUGUUAAUGUACCUAUAUUAAGGAAAUGUUAUAAUUCUCCACUGUACUCUGCUAUUAUUUAUGUACUUUCGAUAUUUCUUACUUUAUUCUUUAUUUCUUGAUGGUUAGUUGCAUACGUAUACAAUACUUAAAUUUUCAUCAGUUAUACAUUGUAAAAGGGGAAAUUGGAUACAGCAUGAUGUAGCUUUGUAAAUAAUUCACUAGUGAUGUAAGUUGAUAAAGAAAAUCUUUAUUCUAUUAAUGGCUAUGUAAAAGUUUAUAUUUGUUUUUCUAUUGUAUUUAAAACGUGUAUUACAAUACAUAUGUCAUUUUAAA